AUGCUCGAUGCAGAAAUUAUGAUCCUUAUUCAGGUAUGCCCAUUUUCAGCCUUUCAAAUCCACCAAAACUGCUCUCAGAACAGUGUUUUGAUGUUGAUUGUGACGUGUCCGAUAUGGGCGUUUUGUGCAGCCAAAGUCAAAAAGGACAGAGGUCGGAAGACGUUGAAAACGACGAAAACGUCGAAGACGGUCUUGACAUCGAAGGGAAACAACGAGAAAGUGGUAAGAGACUACCGUGGUCCUUGCCAAUACGGAACUUUUUGGUUUUUGCAGAAGCCGCCAACAGUGGAAGUGCCAGAAAGUCCGAAGCCGCCAACAGUGGAAGUUCGGGAAAAUCCGAAGCCGCCGAAGCAAUCAAAAGCGGAAGAUCCUGAGAUUUCGGCAAAGGAAAAGACGCCUCCGAAACCGAAGAACAAAGAGAAAUCAAAGCACUGGGAGGUGGAAGCAGAGGAAAUUAAGAAGGAAAUGGAGAAGUGCGAGAAGAGAAAAGUGUUCGAUCUCGAAGAGCCAAAGACCCCGGAGAGCUGCUCCUUGUUGGAGAGCCCCACUCAGCAGACGGCGCCCUCGACGAACACGAUCGCAUCCGUCCUUUCGCCGCCGAUCAAAAAGCCGAAGGGAACGAUCGAGGGGGGAUUCUACACGAGCGACGAGGACGAGGCCGAGGACAGCACUUACCGGUGGGACCAGCACGUUCCGGGCACGAAACCGCUUUCGGACUUUGACCUGAAACUGCUGGGACACCGACGGGAAAUGGAACCGAUUGCGGAGAUAAAGGUAGAGACGAAGGCAAAGACGAAGGCGGCGGAGAACACGGAGGCGGCCAAGGACAAGGCUAAAACCUGA